CCGAAAUACACACGACCAACAAUUUCAAAUCGUUGCCCGUGACAAUGGACGAUGAACAUGAUUACGAUGGCGGCAUGGACGACGGCGACAACAACGAGGAAGAGCUGCAGGAGGAAGAGAUCGAGAACUUCGAUGAGGAAGGCAACGGCGAGCACGAAGGCGGCGUCGAGCUGUUAAACGAGGGCGAGAAGCAGGCGAACGCGAACCGCAUCACGACGCGGUACAUGACCAAAUACGAACGGGCUCGCGUGUUGGGUACCCGCGCGCUCCAAAUCAGCAUGAACGCGCCGGUGAUGGUGGACAUUGAAGGCGAGACGGAUCCCCUCAAGAUCGCGAUGAAGGAACUUGCGGAACGCAAAAUUCCCAUCAUCAUCCGCCGAUACCUCCCCGAUGGGUCGUACGAAGACUGGUCCAUCGACGAGCUCAUCAUCGAAUAAUGCACCCGAUUGCUCAUUAACUUGUAUAUCUAUUCGACUUGUUCUA